GCUUUGAUUCCGAUAAUUCUUCAGGAGAAUUUUCAGAAGCAGUUCACAAAGUUGAUGUGGAUGAUCACCAGAGUCACAGGACUGGAAAGCACAAUGGCGAUGGGCCAGUACAAGAGAAUGGAAUCAAGAAACACAGAACAUCCUUACCUGCCCCAAUGUUUACUAGGAGUGAUUUCAGUGUCUGGAGUAUCUUAAAAAAAUGCAUUGGAUUGGAGCUGUCAAAAAUUACCAUGCCCAUUGCCUUCAAUGAACCCCUGAGCUUCCUUCAGCGAAUAACAGAAUAUAUGGAGCACACAUACCUCAUUAAUAAAGCAAACUGUCAUUCUAACCCUCUAGAAAGAAUGCAGGCUGUUGCUGCUUUCGCCGUGUCUGCUGUCGCCGCUCAGUGGGAGAGAACAGGCAAACCGUUUAACCCUCUCCUUGGAGAAACAUAUGAAUUAAUCAGUAAGAAGAAACUCUCAGUGAUCUAUGGGAAAUGGACAGAAUGCUUGUGGUGCGUUGAUCCUUACUCUUACGAAAACUACAAGAAGAACGAGAGAAAAGGUGGCGAUCAGAAGAAACCAAAGCCGAGAGAGGACCCUGAAAAUGAUGAAGCCGACGAUAUGCCAGAGAUUCAAGAAACUGUGCAAGUUAUACCUGGUAGUAAGCUACUUUGGAGGAUAAGCUCAAGGCCAUCAAAUUCAUCACAGAUGUACAAUUUCACCAGUUUUGCUGUCACUCUUAAUGAAUUGGAGAAGGGCAUGGAAGAUAUCUUGGCUCCUACUGACUGUCGGUUAAGACCAGACAUAAGGCAUAUGGAAAAUGGAGAGAUAG